UAUAUCAGUUUCGUAGAUGUAUCCGAUAGAAUGAUAAAUAUCGAUAUCAUAAUAUCGUCGUCUCCAAAAUGAUUCACCACCUAUAUCGCUAUAUGAGAGUAAAGCUCGGGAGAAGAGUGAAAUGAUGUCACUGUACGUUCGGCUGGGGUUUACUCCUCAUUGCCUUGCAUUCUACUCUCACCAGUUCUAACAGGUAGCAUCGUAAGCGUAACUAUUCUCGAGUCAGCCUUAUUUCAGCCGUUACUUGUGUUUCUUCGCUUUAGCAUAUCCAGACGACAUUAGCAAUGGCACCUCGUACUAAAGAAGAGCUCCUCUCUUAUGGGGUAAUGGACCCAGCCAUGGUAGACGCACUAGCCCAUAGUCCGGUCCGGGACCCGCUGCCUUCCGAUCCGUAUUACGGAGAUGAGUCCCAUUCGGCGCAGCGCACACACCGGGCCACCACUCUGCGUGAAAAACACCACCUCCGCUAUGUUCCGGGGCCAAUACCGGAGCAGGUUAGCGAGGAGGACCGCAAGAUACCCGUGCGCGAUGGCAGCGAGAUCACGGUGCGCAUUUAUCGUCCUGUUGUGAAGCCGACGCAAGGAAGCCCCUUAGUCGUGAUGUAUCAUGAGGGCGGGUGGAGCAUGGGUGAUUUGAGCGACGAAGAGACCAACUGUCGGCUUUUCAGUCGCGAUCUAGGGGCGGUCUGCGUCAAUGUUGACUAUCGUCUAGGGCCGGAACACCUUUUCCCUACUUGGAUUGAUGAUAGCUGGGAUGCAUUGAAAUGGGCAGCGCAAAACGCAACAUCCCUCGGCGCAGACCCUUCUCUUGGCUUCAUCAUCGGCGGCGGCUCAGCCGGAGGAAACAUCACGGCUGUUCUCGCGCACAUCGCACGGGACGAGAAGCUCAACCCACCCUUAACAGGACAAUACCUCUGCGUGCCAGCGAUAAUGUGUCUCACUCCUCCAGCAUUGAUCCCGCCACAAUAUCGAUCAGAGUACCUUUCGCACCCAGACGUCACGCCUAACAUAGAUCCUGUGCUCAAGAUCAAAGCCCCCGCCGAGUUCGCCGAGCAAUUGGCCCAGACCCUCAAAGUAUCAUGGACCGACCCGCGCAUGGUACCAUUCCUAUACGGUGGUCUUGAGGGCGGACACCGUGGGUUGCCACCUGCAUACUUUCAGGUCUGCGGGUUAGAUCCCCUGCGAGACGAGACUUUGAUUUACGAGAGGAUUUUGAGAGAGGAGGCAAACGUUAAGACACGGCUAGACUUAUACAAGGGAUUCGGCCAUUACUUUUGGACUAAUUGGCCGCAACUGGAUAGAAGCCGCGAGUUCGUGGAAGACACCGUCAAGGGUGUGAAGUGGCUACUUGAGCAGAGGCAAUAAACCCGCUUCGGAUAUCGCUCAGGGGUUAAAGCACCUCGAGCUGGCCUAUUGCACAGAUAUAGGACAUAGUAAAUGUAGUAUCUGUUCUACAGGUCUGCCAAUUCAUGAUCACCCAAAUCAUGUGAAUAUCGUUAAAUUGCUACGGUCUCAUUUAGAAUCAUCGAAUCUCAAUCUUACCCUGAUCUCCGCUUUCCGGCGAUCAUUCGCGCCCUUGUCAUCAUUUACCUCCCUAGAAACUUGGAGAACGUAACCUUAGUUGUACUCAAUACGGCAAUCAGCUAUUGCACGUCGAGAGCUAGUGC